AUGUCUGCAUGUUUGCUUUUGAUUCUAUCCUGUGCUACUUGCUUUGGAAUUAUCCUUAUUCCUGGUGAUGGCGUGGAAUAUGUGGAUGCUGAAAACCCGGUUGACAUUUUUCUCCCAAACGAGUUCUACACUGAUAUCUCAAACAGGAUUGUUAUAACUUCGUUGAAGCCUAUUUUUAAGAUUAGCAUCAGUAUCUGCCUCGACAAGACCCAGAUAGGAGAUCUCGGAAAUACAGUUUAUGCUCAAAUGAAAAGCAAUCUCUCUGUCGAUGAUAGCGGAAACACGUACAUUCUAAGGUAUUUUAUGCCCAUCCAACUUCCUCCUUCAACAAUAUUUACGCUAAAGUUGACUUACUGGUACUGCCGCAAAGAUAAUUGCUUAAAUAAGGAGAAUAUAGUCAAUCGUACGGUGGAAAAGGAUGUUCAAACUGUAAGAAGGUACGUCUUAAUAAUGGGCGAAACGGAUAAAACAAUCUACCAACCGGGUGAAGAAGUACACUUUCGUUUCAUUGCUCUUACAAGUAGACAAAUAUUUGCCAAUUCUGAGUCAUCGUAUUGGCCUGCUUUCAAAAUCGUUGAAAUUGGCAAGGUUAGUGCAUCUCCACUUUUAAUUAACUCAGAUGAACGCAAGCGAUAUCACAACUUGCCCAUCUUCGAUUCAAUUGAAGUCAGAGAUCCGCUUGGUAAACUCGAAAAGAGAUGGGAAAAUGUGGAUCCAGUGAAAGCCUUCAACCUCUCCUAUUUGAUUUCCAUGAACGCCAAACAAGGCAAUUGGAAGAUCAUAGCUAGAGCAAGAAUGAGCAGCGAAGUGAUCAAAAUACUUGUGAAGACCUAUACUCCUCCAUGGUUUCGUGCCAAAGUAACACUUCCCGAUAUAAUUCGUUUGAAGGAUUUCAAAGUAAUCGCUGAAGUAUGUGCUGAGCACAGGAACGGAUCGCCAGUACGUGGUACUUUUACUGCCCAAGUUUGUAUAUGCGACCAACACAUCUUAGAGAGGCAAUACGAGGUGGGUAAGCGGUUUAACAUGAACAUGUGUGUUGACAUCUUCAACAAACGUACUCGAUUUUGUAAGGAAAUUGCUGGAAUAUUAAAUGGUGCAAAAUGCUCAAACUUCUCGGUAAAUAUUUCCGAGCUGGUGAGAGGGGAAACAGUUCUUUGGGCAGAAAAACUAGGCACAUUUGUUGAGAUUUAUGAAUUUGAUACGAGAAAAAUUGUUGUGGCCUCUGAAAUCUGCAAAUUAGAGAAAUGGCCAGAGCCUCUACUUGAAAUCAAAAUUACAAAUACUUACAAGUGUGGCAUUCCAAUCACCGGACAAAUUAUAUAUAGGAAUGCAGGUGGAGGAGAAAAUGAAGAACUGGAAAUAAUAGUUCGAGAGGUGAAGAAUACAUGCAACCGCUGGAAAACUUCAUUACUGGAAAACCCUACUCAACUCAUGCGAUUAAUUUCUGUGAAGCCCAACAUCGAAGUGUACAGCUUCACUCUGCCUCCUCAUUAUUCUGGAAACUCAAUAUACAUCACUGUCCAACAACGACGCAAAUUGAAUGAUACAAAUGUGGACUUGUCAAAUUCAAUUCUGGACACUAAUAAUCAACAUCCGUGGUCGGAUCCACCAAAAGGACGAGUGAAUUUAUCAGCAAGUAAAAUUUUGGAUCUGUGGGACAAUAGCCUGGGUCCUGCUAUUCAAGUAACCGUAGUAAGCAAAAACAAUGACUCAUGUCCCAGAUCAGUUAUUCUAGGAGUGGUUUCCAAUCGACAGCUUUCUAGAAACACAACAAUGACGCUACACUUCCUUUCUAAUGGCCAACUUUUUAAAAAAAAAGUUGCUCUUGAUUCAGUAGAUUCUUAUCUGCUAAAUGAAAAUGGCCACAGCCAUAAUAACGACACUGUAAGCGAUCCACUUAAGUGUCUAAUUGGCUGGACGGGCGAAAACUGUCUUGUUCCAGUUUGUGAAAGAGAUUGUGGCAGAGGCGGUUCAUGUGCAGCUCCAAGACGAUGUGUUUGUAAACCUGGUUGGAGUGGGGACACCUGCGAAUUAGAACCGCAACGGAAACGUAAUCGGGGCGAUGAAGGCGAAAGGGAAAGGAGAAGUGCUCAUAAAUCUGGAUUUGAACAUACACGUAUGAAUGAGAACCCUAUUCCCAAAAAAGUAACUUACAUAUACAAUGCCACUUUGGAAUUAGGCAAUGAUUUUGGCCCGGAGAUUCGAGCUGUUGCCUCCAUUUUGAUUAACGGCAAAUUGGUAACAGAUUUCAUAAAAAUCGAUAGACUUUAUCCCUGUUCCUCAUCUCAGCUUUUUGAAGGGAAAAUAACUCUUGAGAUCGGAAAACAGUCAGCAAUUCCUGGAGAAAGGAUUAAUAUAAAUUUAAGUGCUGAAGAUAAAAGGGAUCCCAUGGUUUGCUUUCUAAGUGUAUCGACAAUUGAAAAUAACCCACAUUCUUGCAGAAUUAAGUCUAAUUCAUUCUCUGAAGCCCUAAAAGGUUAUCGAAAUCUUGAUGUGGAGGGAUCCAUCAAAGGUACAGAAGACGCUUUUCGUGCAGCUGAUAUUAUUUUUAUUCAAGUUUUAUCUAAAGAAAAGUUGAAAAACUCGGAAGUUUUUCCUUCUGGCUGCACUCACUCAGGCUAUCUAGGACAGUUAGCUGUUGAAGGACCUUAUACUGCCGCAGAAUUUCCCGCAGCAGAUCCAGUGAAAGAAGGGAUCAGCCUAUAUAUGAAUAAGGGUACACCUGCCCUCAAGAUGUUCCCAGAAGUCAUUUUUCUCGAACCAAUGUCUCUGCGGGAUGGAAGCCUCAACAAGACUUUUAGAGUCCCCAGUUAUUUGAAUACUUGGGAAGUGAAUGCAUUUUGCUUCAGUCGUAAACACGGUAUAUGGACUCCUAAAGCUAAACCACAUUUUACCACCCAAAUGCCUUUCUACAUUGAUUUGGCAUCACCAGUCUCGGCAAAAAGAAGUGAACUCCUCCUUCUUAAAAUAAACAUCAUCACAACCCUUUCAAUGACUGAUGUUUCAAAGUUUAGCUGCUAUGAUUUGCAUGCUAGUUUGGAGGUGGAUAACCGAGGUUUGCAAAUUAUCGGUUCCUCUUCGCGUUCAGCCACCAUUUGCUUCAGAUAUAGUACCACACAAAGUAGAUUUGAAUUUCAAAUACCAGUACGAACACUUCGUAUUGGUCGGUUUAAUAUCACCGCCAAAGUUGUGGGCAAACGCAAUAAUUUUCCACUUAAUUAUAAAUAUGAUACAGAAGCGAAGGCUGAUUUCUUAAUAAAAGACGCAGUUCAACGGACUCUGCAGGUGACUUCAGAGGGUGUUGAAAAGAAAAUAACAUCGCAUAGGAUAUUAUGCUCCUCCGAGGGAGGAUCUUUAAUGAGGCCCAACUUGCAAAAUGAACGUUUACUUCCUGGUUCCCUCCAUUCGUACUUGGCGUUUGGCGUUAGUCCACUAACUCUAGUUCUAAAUAACCUGAAUUCAGGGACUUCUUUGCCUACCGGUUUUGGAAGAAGUAAUCUUGCUUCCUUUACUCCAAGCAUCCACAUUCUUCGUUAUAUACUUCAAAAUCAGCUUAGAGAUACUGCAAGAGGGAAAGAAUUAAUUGGAACAUUUGUACACGAUAUUAUUCGCGGACUCGACAAACAGGAGCAGUUUUAUCAUGCAAAGACGGGAGGAUUUUCGAAUCUCGGUGAAAGACAUGGAGAUAAGGAGAAUCUUUGGCUCACUGCUUCCGUAUUUCAGACUUUUAGUGAAGCCACCAAAUUACCACUAGCAGCUCUUUCUGGUGAAUUUCUCAACAUUAACUCAAUUUUAUCCACAACUUUUGAUUAUUUGGCUAGUCAACAAGAUGCGAAAGGUUGCUUUUGGGAGAAGCGAGAUACGAACGAGAAGGAAUCGGAUGGCAAAUUGUUGUUGACUACGCAUAUCCUUUCCGCUUUGAAUACUGCUUGUGCCGAAAUUAAACAGCUAAAAAGUAAAAAAUAUGAGAAAGCUAUCGAAUGGGCUUCCAACUGUGUUGAAAGAAUGAUAGAAAUGAAUCAUGUCAGCAAAAUGUCGACGCAUAUUCUCGCGAGAGUGUUAUACGCUUUAAAGGAUUCUUGCUAUUUUUCGAAUUCUACUAAAUGUGGGAGACUUUUGAGUGAGUUAAAACGCCGGGCUGAAUCUAGUGCAACAACAAUGUGUUGGCGAUCUUUUGGAGGCGUCAACAACUUGAAGGAUCUUGAAACAACCGCCUAUGCUGUUCUAAGCAUUGGAACUGAAAAUUUAUCACCGAAAGACCGACUUGCUGUAUUAAGAUGGUUAGUACAACAACACGAUGAGCAUGAAGGUUUCUAUUCAUAUCAAGAUUCGGCCAUUUCGAUUCGGGUCAUGCUAAAGCUAUCUGAAGAUUUUCUUUCUCCAUUCACUAAAAAACUAAUCACAAUCAAGUCAAAACCAAAGAAUGCAUUUAAUAUCCGAAUGGAAAUAGAUAAAACCGACCUUUAUAAGGUCCAUUCACUUGAAAUCGACUCUUCCAAUAUCACGAGCAUUUCAGAAGUUAAUGUUGACAUCGUGACUUCCAAUUUCGUGUGCCUAUCGACAGAAUUUACUACUAUUUACAAUGUACUUGAACCUUUGGAAAAAGACUCACCCUUUAACUUAGAAAUUUCUAGUGACCAUUUUGAAAACAACGGAAAUGCUACUUGUUCCGUGAAUCAAAAGGAAAUAUGUGUGCGCUCAACAGAGUCCAGAGCAUUUGUGGUAACCAUACAGUUGCCGUCAGGAUGGAUGGUAAAAUUGGAUGAGAUGAAGGAUGUCUCAUUUAAUGGAGGCAUCCACAAAAUUGACUUUAAUCCAAAGAAGCACGAAAUUAAUGCAUAUUUUAUUUCUACUAAUGAAAACAAGUUUAUUAAUGUUACGGCUUGUUUUGCCUUAAGUUUUUAUAGCUAUUUGGCCGUUGACAAUAUCCAGCCAGGAUUGGUGACAGUUCGCGAUCUUGAAAACCCCAAGAAACUCAUUCAAAAGUUCUUGAAACUUGAUUCAUAUCAUGUGAAUUUCAAUUCAAGCGAAAAUGUGCUAUUGGCGGUCAAUAAUGUUAAGCGAUCUCUCAGUGCCUUACUAAACCUGCUGAAUUCUUCAUUUUGCCACAAUAACCUCACACUAAACGUUUUCAAACCCCUCCACCAAUAUAUUCCCCGAAAUGUACUUUUCGGAAAGAUAUAUUCUUUUCACUCGAAUGGUGCUUUCGUUUCCUGGAAUACGACAGUUCAUUUUUCAGGGAGUUUGGAAAAGUUAAAUGGAACUGAAAACGGUUUAGCCUUCUUUUCCACCAUGAGCUUACUCAAUUUCCAACAAAUUUAUCUUCGGAAAGAGCAUUUUAUUCUUCUUGACUACAUUCAAAAUCACUCGUCAAAUUCUAAAAACCACAGUGUUGUUUCACGUCUUCAUUGUUUCAAUAGCCCCUCUUUCGCUUUAUUUAAAAAACUAUUUUCAAGGCCAAUACCUGCAUAA